UCCUAUUCUUUUUAGUGUAGUCCGUUUUAGUGCUUUUCUUUCAUUAUAAAUGUGUUACAAAGUGAAAAAAAAACCCCACAAAUUUGCAGACACAGUAACCCAUCUUCAUAGCUAGUUUUUGUCGAAUUGAAUCUGGAUGUCUCAAUAUUCUGAUGUGCUUUUUGAGGUAAAUGAGCGGCCUGCGACUGAGCCCAUGGAAGCCACAUUUACAGGAGAAUUUAAGCAAAAUGACGAGCCACGGGAACCCCCAACCAGCGUAACGCCUGCUAAUCGAACAGUCUUUUUCCCGACUCACUAUCAAUUCUUCUCGCAUGAAGCUACGCAUCCGCAAGAAGAUAAUAAGGGUGAAAACUCACAGUAUCAUCAAGUCUUAAAGCCCACCCCGGUGCACUGGACAGGACCUGUGAAUUUUGAAGGACUUUUAGGAAUGUCACUUUUACCACGGCAGCUCUCACUAAAUCCUCUCAGCGUUCCAUCUCGAAAAUCCGCAUUUCAUCACGUCGGUGUCCCGGUCACUGUUAGCAAUUCCGAUCUGAUUGAAGCGAAGAAUAAUCCGAUUCAAGCAGUCUGACUGAUUUGAGUCCGUUUUGGUUCGUGUUAAUUGUUAAAUGUAGUGUGCUGCUGUACUGUGUAGCAGUUUAGGUAUUCUUAGUAUUUUUAGUUUUCUUUGGUUUUACAAUUUUGAGUAGGUGGGAACGAUUUAAUAUCAUUAGGGUAAUGAAAAUAUGUCGUAUAAUGAA